CACACGACCAUUCAUUAUCGUCAACUUUCAGACCAUGUUGAAUCCAGCAUGUAUUUCCCUGGUAGGAGUGUGUGUUGCCUGGGCGAUUCCGCAUGUCUUUGCUUUCACGGGUCCCACUAUGCUGUUGCCUCCCACAAAUAUCCCCAAGACUUUAAGUGCAGCAUCCUCGAACCCAGUCAGCGGUUCAGCACCAGCACCAACAACAGCUUCAGGGACACCUAGCGCAGGAUCGAGUGAUGUUUUUGUUGACAUCUCCGAAGACGACGUGUUGAAUAACAGAUUCGGGUUAAGCAACAUCAAGCUGCAGUACUCGAAGACCCACCAGACUACGAAAACCAGCUGUAAGUCGACAUGCACUCGAGACGAAACGUGUGUCGUAGCACUGUAUUGUGUGGAGGAGAAAGAGGAUGCUCCUCUGUGUUUGAACCCUAUGCUGUGCCAAAUGACACUGAAUAUUAAAAAAGGGGACUCCUGUCACAUUUACAUGGAAGCGGAAUCAGAAGAGUUUCUCCCCUCCGCAUCUCCUGCAAGUUCUUGCAAGUAUCUGACUAUACAUCCCGACUGUCGGGAUAAGCCUGAGGUUGCGAACAGUCUGUCCGGUAGAAAUCCAACGCUGAAGACCGGGGGCGAUGCUGAAUACAAGUACAACUGUAUGAAUGGCUACGAAAACCUAAACACAGGAACAACGUUAGCUGUCUGCAGCAAGCAGGGAGCGUGGACUAAGCCCACUGUGGUGUGCGGGGCCCAAGCAACAUCUUUGAAAGAGUUUACUGGGUUUGCCUUGCCAUCCAUCCCUGAAGCGAAGCCGGCUGCAUUGUUUACCCCUGCACCAAAUUUUGGCACGCUUGUGAAUGUUACUCCAAAUCCUGUUGUCGUAGCUCCUGUCCUUCCGUCUUUAAUCCUGCCGGUAGGUCAAUCAUCUGUGUUUGGCAGUAAGCCUAAACCAGCCACAACUACCACUACAACUACCACUACAACUACACCUACCCCUCGAACUUCUUCGAUCACAACAACAACUACGACCACGAACCCACCUACGUUCAAGACUACCUCCCCAACUACCACCACGAGCCCCACCACGUCGAAAACAACCUCUUCAACUACCACCACGAGCCCCACCACGUCGAAAACAACCUCCUCAACUACCACCACGAGCCCCACCACGUCGAAGACGACCUCUUCAACUACCACCACGAGCCCCACCACGUCGAAGACAACCUCCUCAACUACCACCACGAGCCCCACCACGUCGAAAACAACCUCUUCAACUACCACCACGAGCCCCACCACGUCGAAAACAACCUCCUCAACGACGACCACGAGCCCCACCACGUCGAAGACAACCUCCUCAACGACGACCACGAGCCCCACCACGUCGAAAACAACCUCCUCAACGACGACCACGAGCCCCACCACAUCCAGGACAACCUCCUCAACUACCACCACGAGCCCCACCACGUCGAAGACAACCUCCUCAACUACCACCACGAGCCCCACCACGUCGGAAACAACCUCCUCAACGACGACCACGAGCCCCACCACGUCGAAGACAACCUCCUCAACGACGACCACGAGCCCCACCACGUCGAAAACGACCUCCUCAACUACCACCACUAGUCCCACCACGUCGAAAACAACCUCCUCAACGACGACCACAAGCCCCACCACGUCGAAAACAACCUCCUCAACGACGACCACGAGCCCCACCACGUCGAAAACAACCUCCUCAACGACGACCACGAGUCCCACCACGUCGAAGACAACCUCCUCAACUACCACCACGAGCCCCACCACGUCGAAGACAACCUCCUCAACUACCACCACGAGCCCAACCACGUCGAAAACAACCUCUUCAACUACCACCACGAGCCCCACCACUUCGAAAACAACCUCCUCAACUACCACCACGAGCCCCACCACGUCGAAGACAACCUCCUCAACGACGACCACGAGCCCCACCACGUCGAAGACAACCUCCUCAACGACGACCACGAGCCCCACCACGUCGAAAACAACCUCCUCAACGACGACCACAAGCCCCACCACGUCGAAAACGACCUCCUCAACUACCACCACUAGUCCCACCACGUCGAAAACAACCUCCUCAACGACGACCACAAGCCCCACCACGUCGAAAACAACCUCCUCAACGACGACCACAAGCCCCACCACGUCGAAGACAACCUCCUCAACUACCACCACGAGCCCCACCACGUCGAAAACGACCUCCUCAACUACCACCACUAGUCCCACCACGUCGAAAACAACCUCCUCAACGACGACCACAAGCCCCACCACGUCGAAAACAACCUCCUCAACGACGACCACGAGCCCCACCACGUCGAAGACAACCUCCUCAACUACCACCACGAGCCCCACCACGUCGAAGACAACCUCCUCAACUACCACCACGAGCCCCACCACGUCGAAGACAACCUCUUCAACUACCACCACGAGCCCCACCACUUCGAAAACAACCUCCUCAACGACGACCACGAGCCCCACCACGUCGAAGACAACCUCUUCAACUACCACCACGAGCCCCACCACGUCGAAGACAACCUCCUCAACGACGACCACGAGCCCCACCACUUCGAAGACAACCUCCUCAACGACGACCACGAGUCCCACCACAUCCAGGACAACCUCCUCAACUACCACCACAACAACAACCCGUAGACCUGCCACAACGACAACAUCGUUUUGGGAUGUGUUUGUUGAAGUUAUGACUAGUUGGUAAAGGCCGAUUGGCAUCAGAUCACGUGGUGCUGACACCAGCUAUUGACCUAGAGUGUGUUUUUCAGAAUUACGUUAGAAAUGUUUGUAAAUGUUGGAUUUUUUUAAAAGGUCAAUAAAUUUUGA